AUGCUUCUUUUUACUUUCUUUAUCUAUGUCUUUCUUGGGGUAGCGUUUGCCCAGCAAAACUCUAUUUGCGAUUCAGAAUGCCAAAAGAGUUGUGACACUGAAUGCCAAAACGCCAUUGAGUCAACCUAUCAGGCUGAGUCUAGGCUGUGGGUGAGCGACAUUGUUAGCGAUGAGUUUUACUCCACACCGGCGAAUAUCUCAACAGCCAAGCCUGGCGACAUCCUCAGAUGGGAGAACGUUCCCUACAAGCAGCUCACCCAGAAUUGGACUAUUCCCGCUGGUCUCUCGUUUUACCGAUUCAUGUACGCAACAGAAGAUAUCAACAACAAGACAAUUCCCGCCACUGGAUGGGUACUCUUGCCGUAUCACCAUACACUCCCGACACCAAAUGAACCGGGCAAGUUACGUACCGUAGUCUGGACGCACGGGACCGCCGGACGAAGUCGCCUUUGCUCGACAACCAAUAACAAGGGGCUGUACUACGAUUGGAAAGCGCCGUUUAUCCUUGCUGAAUCUGGAUAUGCCGUCAUUGGGCCUGACUAUGCUGGCCAAGGCUCCGAUCUCCCUCAGGGCUUCAUGUACGAGUCUGGGUUUCUCCAUGUUGCCGACGUGGCAUAUGCUGUUAUCGCGGCUAGAAAAGUGCUGGGGGCAUUUCUCAGUAAUAAAUGGGCUGUAUUUGGCCAUAGCGAGGGUGGCAUGACAGCAUGGCGUACCGUCGAGCGUUUGAGCCUACCUGGACAAGAGAGACUGCUCAAAGCUGGCCAAUUUGUCGGUGGCGUUGCUGCUGCUCCAGCUCUGCGACCACAAAGAUUGAUUCCUACAUCAUGGGAACGAACCAAGACCGGAGGGGGGCCCUUUUCGGUCUACUUUCUUCAAUCCCUUGCUGGCCUCUUCCCCGAGCAGAUUAAACUUGGUGAUUAUCUUACCAACACAGCCCUGCGGCGUCUUUCUGUGCUUGACAACUCUUGUUUCCAAACGGGGAUUGCUGCCGUGGGAAGUCUCAGCCCAGACGAAAUCUUCACGAACAAGAGCUGGCUCACGCACCCAGUAACCAAUGACUGGGCAGUCCGUUUCAACGGCCAAGGUCCACAUCCCCUUUCAACGCCACUCCUGGUCGUCCAAGGUGUCACUGACACGAUCACGCCAGCAUCACUUACGAUGGAGGAUUUCAAUCUCACAUGUUCGACUUAUCCGAAGAGUCCUGCUUCCGCCAAAUUAUACCCGGACAUGGGCCACGGCCAGGUACUCGAGGCAGGCCGUGCUGAUAUUGAAGCAUGGCUGGAUGCCAGGUUUCACGGAGAACCUGUGAAGAAAGGGUGCGAGAUUGACUUGGUUCAGCCGUUAACAACUCAGUAUGCUCAAGGCGAGAUGUUCUGGGAGGCAAACAUAGUCCCAUUCUAA